CUACAAUAGUUAAGAUAACAAUGUUUAUGCGUUAUUAGUAAACCUAAUAAAGUAAAAAAAGACCUAAUAAAGUAAACCUAAUAUUUAUUAUUUUUUAACCGUUAAAGACAAAAGUCUAUAUGUACAACAGUGCUUUGUAAUUUACCAGUGCUCAAUUUUGUAAAAAAAAAACAAUAAUAAUGCCGUAUGCUAAUCAACCUUCCGUGCACAUAUCUGAACUGACUACUGACUCAAUUAAAUUUCAAAUUGAAGAUACCGAUCUAAGCGUUGCGAAUAGUUUACGUAGAGUUUUCAUCGCCGAAACGCCGACAUUAGCCAUCGAUUGGGUACAGCUGGAUUCUAAUUCUACAGUGUUAAGUGACGAGUUUAUAGCAUCCCGUAUUGGUCUCAUACCAUUGACAUCAGAUGAAAUAGUCGACCGCCUACAGUACUCCAGAGAUUGCACAUGCUCAGACUUCUGUCACGACUGCAGUGUUGAAUUCAACCUAAAUGUAAAAUGUUCAGAGGAGAUGACAAGACAUGUAACUACUGCAGAUUUGGUAAGCAAUAAUCCACGUGUAGUACCGGUUACUUCAAGGAACCAAGAUAGUGAUAUUAAUGAAUAUGGAGAAAAAGAUGAUAUACUUAUUGUUAAAUUACGUAAAGGACAAGAAUUAAAAAUUAGAGCAUUUGCUAAAAAGGGAUUUGGCAAAGAGCAUGCUAAAUGGAAUCCAACUACAGGUGUAAGCUUUGAAUAUGACCCAGACAACACAAUGCGACAUACAUUGUUCCCUAAGCCAGAUGAAUGGCCUAAAAGUGAAUAUUCAGAACUCAAUGAGGAUCAGCAUGAAGGACAAUACAACUGGAGAGCAAAACCUAAUAAGUUUUUCUUCAAUGUAGAAAGCUGUGGAUCAUUAAAGCCUGAAAAUAUUGUUCUAAUGGGAGUUGCUGCGCUUAAAAAUAAAUUAUCAAAUCUUCAAACACAAUUCACACAAGAAAUGGAUGCACUCGCUAUAAAUUAAUUUUAAUGAAUAUGUAUAGAUUUAAUUGUUUUUAGUGCUUACUACUCUCAAAAAAAAAAAAA